ACUUGUAAUGGUUGCAGAAAUUGUUCCGAAGCAUUUUGUGAUGCUUGUGGAAAUUGUUGUGGAGCUUCUUGUGAUGCUUGUGGAAAUUGUUGUGGAGCUUUUUGUGAUGCUUGUGGUCCUUUUUAUGAAGUUUUAGGAUCUAUUUGUGGUCCUUUUUGUGAAGUUUUAGGUUCUUGUUGUGGAGGUUUUUGUGAAGUUUUAGGGUCUAUUUGUGAAGCUGGUGGUUCUAUUUUUGAAGUUUUAAUAAGCAUUUGUUGUUGUUGUUGUAUUUGUGAAUAG